GCGGCCUGGCUAAGGGAGACUGAGAGAAAAGCUGAGGCCUGGCGCUCCUCCUGCACAGCUUCUCUGCCACAGCUUCCCCUCCAGCAGGACAACCCCAAGAUGCAGCACGAUCUUUCGGCUUAUCUCCUGAGUGGACGAUAAGACGGCCUCCCAGCGAUAGCUCUGGCACGGGAGAGGACAGCUGCCCACCGAAGAUUCUUCUCCGCGGACGAGGCGGCAGCCGGGCUCCUGACGAGAUGGGGAGCUCUCAAAAAAGGCACAAACAACUGAAGGAUGGAUGCCAUUCCAUCUGUUAGAAGCAUGUUGAGAGGAAAAUAAGGAAGCCAAGAGCCUCAGUAUGAAUCAGUCUGGAUCUAGAUCAGGUAGUGGUGGUGAAGAAACCUCAUCUCAAGACCAUAAUCAUCGUGAAAAUGGGAGAAGAUGGCAGCAAGAGCGCCUUCUUAGAGAAGAAGCCUAUUAUCAGUUUAUUAAUGAGCUCAGUGAUGAAGAUUAUCGGCUGAUGAGAGACCACAAUCUGUUAGGCACCCCUGGAGAAAUAACAUCAGAAGAACUACAACAGCGGUUGGAUGGAGUGAAGGAGCAGCUAAUGUCUCAGCCUGACUUGAGAAAUGGGACAAAUAACAGAGGCUCACAAGUCCCUAGAGAAAGUUCAAAUGAAGAUUCUUUGCUAGCAUGGCUGCACACCUUUCAUCUUACUGGCAAUGCGACUCGAAGUGGACAAACUGGGAACCAAACUUGGAGAGCUGUGAAUCGAACAAACCCAAACAGUGGAGAGUUUCGGUUUAGUCUGGAAAUCGACAUAAAUAAUGAGAACAGAGGAUUUGAAAUUCGUGAGGAAGAUGAUACAGGCAUUUCACUUUCAGGUAUUAACAGAGGUCACACUAUAAAUAGGCAACAAAGAUCUACUAGUCCUGUGGCUAGGAGAACAAGAAGCCAAACCUCAGUGAAUUUCAGUGGUGAUAAUUCCAACAUUCCAAGGGCCAGGCUUAGUUCAAGGAGGCAGAAUUCAGUUGAUAGAUCACUCUCAACACUGAGAAGGUUAAGAAAUAGAACUGGGAGAGCAGUUGGCAUUCCUAGAACUAGUACUUCAAGCAAUAACUUUAGUAGUCAAACAAGUCAAUCAGGUGGCAGUGAACUCAGGCAAAGGGAGGGGCAGAGAUUUGGAGCAGCACAUAUUUGGGAAAACGGGGCUAGAACUAAUGUUACAGUGAGGAAUACAAACCAAAGAUUAGAGCCAAUAAGAUUGCGGUCUACUUUCAGUAGUCGAAGCCGUUCACCAAUUCAGAGACAGAGUGGAACUGUUCAUAACUCCCAAAGGGAAAGUCGACCUUCAUGGCAAACCAUUAGGAGGUCUGCGAGGAGAAGAGGUAUAACUCAGGUCUUUUUAGAGCCAGAUAGAGAACACAGAGGCACUGCCUAUUCCCGAUUUUCUAAUUCAAGACUUGUGUCAAGAAUAACAGAAGAAGGGGAAGAAUCCAAUACAUCGUCACUUGCUGCACAACGGCAUCCAACAAUUACACUGGACCUUCAAGUAAGAAGGAUCCGUCCUGGAGAAGAUAGAGAUCAGGAUAGUAUUGCAAAUAGAACUCGAUCUAGAACAGGGCAAGGAGAAAACACAAUCACUGUUGAAAGCAAUAGUGGGGGCUUUCACAGAACUAUUUCUCGUUUAGAGCGGUCAGGUAUUCGAACCUAUGUUAGUGCCGUAACAGUUCCUCUUCAGAGGAUUUCUGAGAAUGAGCUUGUUGAGCCAUCCUCAGUGGCUCUUCGGUCAAUGUUUAGGCAGGUCAUGACUGGGUUUGGAGAACUAAGUUCUCUAAUGGAGGCUGAGUCAGAGUCAGAGAUUCAGAGAAAUGGUCAGCAUUUGCCAGACCUGAGUAAUUUAGGUACAGUUGAUGACAGUGGCCAGCACAGUGAAAGUUCUUCUCAACACAGGCGAGCCCAAGAAGACAGCACUGAAAUGCUAGGUGAAAAUGAGAUCACCCAGCCUCAGAACAGAAGCAGUGACAGUAGAAGUAGUCCGCAGAUGCAAAAUUCAAACAAUUUUGUAGAAACCAGAACACUACCUAUUUUCCGCCUUGCUCAUUUCUUUUUAUUAAAUGAAAGUGAGGAUGAUCAAAGAUGUGGUUUAACCAAAGAACAGAUUGACAAUCUUUCCACCCGGAACUAUGAGCAUAGUGGUAUUGACAGUGAACUAGGUAAAAUUUGUAGUGUUUGUAUCAGUGACUAUGUAACUGGAAACAAGCUCAGGCAGUUACCUUGCAUGCAUGAAUUUCACAUUCACUGUAUUGACCGAUGGCUGUCAGAGAAUUGCACUUGCCCAAUCUGUCGGCAGCCUGUUUUAGGAUCUGGACUAGCAAACAAUGGGUGAAAUGAUAUCUAUUCAAAAACUGUAUUUUAAUAGAGCUGAGUGUUUAAACAUUCUUUUGUUGAGUUGUGAUGAGCUAACCAGGAUGGGAAAAUAAGAUUAUAGUUUGAACUAUUUUUUUGUGUGCUUUUUUAACUUGUUAAAAGAGAAGAAUUUAUAUAAAUUUAAAAUAAAAAUGUUAAAUUGUC